AUGGCCACAGAAGUAUCAACAGAAGUAUCCACAACAACAGCAACCCAACCAGAAACCAAAAGAAGAAAAUUCUCUUCAAUCCCUCCAAGAACCAUAGCCCCAUUCACUGAUAAUCAACCACCUGUGAAAUUACUAUAUCCUUUAUCAAACUAUGCCUUUGCCCCCAAGACAAUCAAUCAAUAUCAAGCCCAUAUAGCUAAAGAAUCAGAAACAGAAGCUAAUUUAUUGAAGAAUGGGAAAAUCUAUAAACAAAAAACUUUUAAAUCUGAUCAAAUACCCAAUAAUAAUCUAUAUUUCAAGAAUCUUAAAAAUUAUAAUGAUCUAUAUGGUACAAGAAGAUAUUUACAAUUCUUAAUCCUUGUUGCUGGUGAAAAAGAACCAAUCGUAAUGAUCUUUAAAGAUAAAUCUGAUAAAUUCUUGAUCCCUGGUGGUUAUUUAAAUCAUGAUGAAUCUGAAACUGAUGGUGCUAAAAGAAUCUUGAAAGAGUUAUUUGAUGAUGGUGAAGACGCUGAGGAAGAGGAAAUCACCAUGGGGGAAACAGUGGGGAGAUGGUGGAGAACCGAUCUAAAACCAAACGUUUAUCCAUAUUUACCUCGUCAUGUUACAAGACCAAAAGAAUUGAUUAAAGUUAAUUUAGUUAAUUUACCAAAGAAUAAAAAAUUUAAAUUCCCUGAAUAUUUCAAAAAUUUCCAUCCAUACAUCUUGGUUGAUCUUUAUGAUUCAAGUGAACCUGAAUUGAAAGCUAUUCCUUCAUUCUUAUCAAGAUUUUCAUUCGGGUGUAUUAAUGAUAAAGGUGAAAUUACAAAUGAAAUUACUCAAGAGGAGUUUAAAUAUUAG